AUGCAAGAGAUGACGAAGCAGAAAGAGCUGCAAAAGGAGAUGGAACAAAUUGCUGCUGCACGAGCCCAAGCACAAACAGAGAGAACUCGCACAGAAGGAGAAGAAAGAAGAAAAACUAUCGAUCAUCAGCAAGAACAGGAAAGGGUUACAGCUCAGUAUAAAGCAAAACUUGAGGCAGAGGCAUACCAGAAGAAGCUGCAGGAUCAGCAGAGACAGAACGAGGAGUGGCUAAGACAGCAGCACCAGCAGUUUCUAAGACAAGAAGAACAGAGAAAAAAAACAGAGGCAGAAAUGUUAGAAAUGCGGCGCCAACAAAUGAGAGAAGAGAAAGCACUGGAGCAGAAACUGCAGGCGGAUAGAAUCAAAGAAGAAGCAAAAGCAAAGAUACUGCAAGAAAGAGAAAACAUAGAUGUACACCUCAGAACUUUACAACUUUACGUGCAAAAGCAGCAGAAGACCGCAAAACAAAACUCGAAAGCUUACAAAUGA